AUGCGCAAUCCUACACUGAUAGUCCACGGAGCUUCGUCAUUCACAGCCAAAGAGCUGCUCCGAUACCUCGACACUCAUCCCGAUGGCGGAUCGUUCGAGUUCAUUCUGGCCGGCCGAACGAAGGCCAGGCUGGAUAAGGCGAACGAGCCGUUGAAGCGGAAGAGGGAGGUGAUCGUUGUGGACCUGGAAGACCGGGAGAGUGUCAAGAAGCUGGUAGCCAAGGGGGAUGUGGUGAUCAAUCUGGCUGGGCCUUUCAGGUGGUACAAUGCCGAAGCGCUCAUCCGAGAAUGCGCAGAGUCCGGCAAGCACUAUAUCGAUCUCACGGGCGAGUCGACCUGGCUCGCAAGGGACAUUAUUCCCAAGUACAACUACCUCGCCUCCAAGACAGGCGCUUGCAUUGUCCCCAGCUGCGGCGUCGACUCGAUUCCAUCUGAUAUGGCGCUCUACUCUGCGUUAUCGCUCCUCAAGACCUCCCACCCCGAUCUGAGCAUCACAAAGUCCACCGCGCUCUUCAAAGCCGCAGGUACCGUCUCUGGCGGGACAGCAGCCUCGCUCUACGCGGAGAUCGAGAUCCCUGAGGAGUACAAGGCCCGGCAAUAUCAAGGCGAAUGGUGCCAAACACCCACAUUCCGCAAGGCAUCAUCCAUCAAGCCCAUCGUAUCCCUUUCGCACCCCCUUCUUCCCUUCCCUGAGCGCAUCGGCGCCUUCUUCGUUAUGUACCCGUACAACUGCACCGUUGUCAGGCGAUCGUGGUACCUAUCCCAGCUCCCCGACAACAAGCGCGACCCGUUUGCGGACCCGUCCGCCAACUCGUCUAGCGGGGAGAAGGAGGAGCCGGCACAUGGAGAUGAGCUGGUCUACGAGGAAGGCAUGGAGGUGGGGAGCAGUAAGCUCCUCGCUGGGGUGGCGAGCUUUGCGCUGUUUGGCUUCUUUGCGCUGUUCAAGUUCUCGGGUCUGUUCAGGAAGCUGUUCAAGUAUGUCAUCCCGGCCCAAGGAACUGGAUCAUCAGACAAGACGCUUCAGAAGGGCAAUCUCAAAGUGACUAGCUUGUCCACUACGACCGACCCCAACGUCGCGGUCUUGACGACCUACACGGGCAAGGGCGAUCCUGGUUAUAUCCACACUUGCCACUUGUUGGCUGAAUCCGCUCUGUCCCUCGUCCUACCCCCACCGAAGGGUACCACCCUGCCUCCGCUGUCCAAGCGUGGCGGGUGCCUUACCCCUUCGACCGCGAUGGGUCAGGUGCUCAUUGCUCGGCUGAACAACACGGACCAUACUGCCAUCAAGAGCGAGUUGUUGGUUGGCGGUCAAGAAUCAAGAAAGAGGCGAUGA